CAACGCUCGCUCGCAGCCCCUGAGCUGAGGCUCGGCACCCUCUCCUCCACCGGGGUUCCCGCACACGGCCGCUCGCGCAUCCUCCCCGGAGCCGCGGGGGCGCCCUGCUCGUUCGAUCCGGCGGUCCCUCGCUGCCCGCUCUGCCAAAGAACCGGAGAGAGAGGGAGAGAGAGGGAGGUAGAGAAAGUGAGCAUUGUGCCCGAAACCAUGGAGGAGGACUCGAGUGCGCUGAUGUGCGAAGAAGCGGAGGAUGUCUUCUCUGAAGGAGUGUCAUCCCGUUUCCCGGAGAUCAUGUCAGCCGGCACCCACUCCCCCGGCGGCCCCAACGGCAUCAUACGGAGCCAGUCGUUUGCUGGCUUCAGCACCCUCCAGGAGAGGCGCUCCCGGUGCAACUCUUUCAUUGGCAACUCGGUGCAGAAGAAGCCACAGGCCAAGCUGAAGAAGGCCCAUGCGGCCGUUCACAAAUCCAGCAGCGGCAGCAGCUCCCGUGAACCGCAGCCCAAGAGGGUCGAGGAGGUGUACAACGCGCUCAAGCGAGGCCUGGACGAGUAUCUCGAGGUGCAUCAGGUGGAGCUGGACAAGCUGACUUCUUUGAUGAAGGACAUGAAGAGGAACUCGAGACUGGGUGUCCUGUAUGAUCUUGACAAGCAAAUCAAAACGAUCGAAAGAUAUGUGCGCCGCCUGGAGUUCCACAUCAGCAAGGUGGAUGAGCUGUACGAGGCUUUUUGUAUCCAGCGCCGCCUCCGCGAUGGGGCUAGUAAGAUGAAGCAGGCCUUCUCUGCAUCUCCUUCGACCAAGGGCACCCGCGAGAGCUUGGCGGAGGUCAACCGCCGUUACAAGGAGUACAGUGAGAAUAUGAGCACUUUUGAGGGAGAGCUGGAGAACCUGCUUGGGGAGUUCCACAUCAAGAUGAAAGGUCUGGCUGGCUUUGCUCGACUCUGCCCAGGAGAUCAAUAUGAAAUCUUCAUGCGAUACGGCCGCCAGCGGUGGAAGCUGAAGGGGAAGAUCGAGGUUAACUCCCGGCAGAGCUGGGAUGCAGAGGAGAUGGUCUUUUUACCACUCAUCAACGACCUUCUGUCAAUCAAAGUGUCUGAGCUGAAGGGUUUGGCCACUCAUGUACUGGUAGGCAGUGUCAUCUGUGAGACCAAGGACCUUUUCACAGCCAUGCCGCAGGUGGUCGCCGUGGACGUUAAUGACCUGGGAACCAUAAAGCUCAACCUGGAGGUCACCUGGUUUCCGUUUGACGUGGAGGACUUGACCUUGUCCUCGGGCAACUUGAACAAAGCCACGGCCCUGCAGAGGCGCGUCUCCGUGUACAGCCAGGGAACUCCGGAGACGCCCACCUUCCAGGACACCUCCUUCUUCAAGUGGCAGCCCCUUCCCUCGGAGCGCCAGCGCCUUUCCUUCCUGCACGUCUUGCGCCACACGCUGUUAGAGAAGCUGAGGCGCAGUCGCUCCUUUGGAGACCUGACCUCACUGCGGCCGCUCGCCAAGUCCAGUCUGGAGGUCUAUUCUGCCUUGCGCGACGAUGUCUUCGAGAAUGGCAGCUGCGGCGGCUCCGAGUGCAAGCGCUUGUCCUUCACCUUUACCGACGUGCCCCAGUCUAGCACCGCCACCGGCCAGUCAAACCCCGAGAUCACAGUAACGCCCCCGGAGACUGAGCCUCGGCAGCGCCAGAGCCCGGAGGAGGGCCCGGAGACGGUCGGCUCGGGGGCCGCCCCGGAGGAGGCGGGGCCACGGGAGGAGGCGGCGCCUACAGCGGAAGGGCGGCGUCCGCCUGGCGAGACGGAGGCGCCCCCAGAAAGGGAGUGGGACGAAGGCGGGUCCGGCCAAGCUUCGCCGCGCGCCGUGCAGCCGGAGGAUUUGUUCCUGGACCCCGGCGUGUCCGACGCCCUGCUUCGAGACGAGGGCUCCGAGCUCAAGCCGGUGGAGCUGGACACGGACGAGGGAAGCUUGACCAAGCAGCUGGUGAAGCGGCUGACCUCGGCCGACGCGACGCCCGAGGAUGGCUCCCCCGGCUGGGCGCCCAGGGGCGACCGGACCCUCGCGGAAAGCUGCCUGGAGGAGGCGAUCCAGACCCUGCUGCUGAGGCUUGAGGGCCUGGGAGAGAAGGACAAGGAGCUGCAGGAGCUGGAGCAGGAGGUCAUGCGCUUGGAGGACUUGCUCAAGUGCAGGGCCCCGGCGCAGCGGAGCCGCUCCUCCAGCCUCAGCCUGACUGUGGAGAGCGCUUUAGAGAGCUUUGAUUUCCUCAACACCUCGGACUUUGAGGACGACGACACGGGCGAUGACGGGCUCCCGCGCUCUGUGUUCUUUGACACUGAGCCAGAGAGGACUGGCAGCAGGUCGGGACAGCACCCCGAGGCUAGGGGUCACUUGAGCGAAGCUCUGACGGAGGACACGGGGGUGGGCAACAGCGUGGCGGGGAGCCCCCUGCCCCUCACCACAGGCAACGAGAGCCUGGACACUGCCAUCGUCAUACACCUGCACUACUGCCACCAGCUCGUCCAGCUCCUGUCCACCGGGGGGAGCUCUUUGCAGCGCAGCUCCCAGCUGCGUAAGCUGUCUGCUCAGUGCAGGCUGCUGGAGGAGCUCGGGGAGAUCAGCACCGACCGCCUGAGCAGCAUCAGCUCUGUUGCAGAGGUGAUCUCGGGCUUGGCGGAGAAGCCCACCCUGCUCUCCCUGUGGGCCGAGUGCAGCGGCUCCGUCGCCCCGUUCCACACCACCGUGGACCGCGUGCUGAAGCACAUGCAUCGCCUCUUCGCCGCCACCCUGGAGGAGAGGCAGCCCUGCUCCGCUGACACCGUGAUUCGGCUGGCAGUGAGCGAAAUGCUGGACCAGGUUGACCUGGCCUCCUGCCCCUGCCCUGUGCCCCCUGCGCUGUCCCAGGACUUCAUCACCGUCUUCCAGUUCCACAGCUACGCGUGUGAACACGGCGUGCUGGACAUGGGGGAGCACCUGCUGCGACUGGCCAGGGAGGUGACAUUUGCAGAGGUGCUGAGGUGCGGGGACCCUGAGCGAGUGGUGCGAGAGCUGCAGGACGUGCCCGCGAGCGGCCUGCGACCGCGAGCGGAGACCCUCGGGGCCCUGGCCGCGCUCCUCAUCGCAGACGGCGCUCGCGUUAGCGAGGCUGCGGCCGCCUUUCUCGUCUCGGCCUCCGGUCACCCGCCCUUCAGGUCAAAGCAGGCAGUGGAGAGCUACACUCGGGCCCUGUGUGACACCGAGCUGCGGAACCUGAGGGCCACUUGUGCGGCUCUGAGCCGCUUACAGACCUCGGAGAGCAUCGAGCCGCUGGUGUCGCUGUGCGAUUCGGCCGACGAGGAGCGACGCCAGGUUGCCAUGGAAACGCUACUUGCUCUCGGCGAAGAAGGGAGGCUGGCGUACGAGCAGCUCGACACGGUCCCCAGGGAGAUGGUGCGUCUCGGCACGCGACGAGGGAACGCCGUCACCACAGCCUUCUGAGAGGGACGGACCCCCAGUGACACGGUCCUCGGGGACCCCCGAUCGCAACCGUCCCCCCUUUCCAUAACCCGGAGGCGCAGAGACUGGAUGCGGGGGCCUCGCUCUGGAGGGAUGUGGGUGGGGGGGGCGACUAAAAGUUUCGAAACCACUUUAUUCAAGACGUAAACUAAGCCAUUUCUCUCUGCACAUUUUUAUUAUUAUACUUGUCGUCGUUAAUUCUUCUGGUCAUUAUAAUUAGUAUUAAUUGUUUCAGUAGUAUAUUCAUAGAGCAAUGUUUGCGCUUUGAAAUUGCACUGUUUUUAAAUACAGCACAUUAUACUUCGGAUAAUGUGGUAUACCUUACUUGAUUUUCGUUGGUUCGUGCCGUUCGGUUUCAGGGAUUUUACAGACCAUUUUAAUGCUUUUAUGAACGACUCCGCGCUGCGCGCCGGUGUGCUCGGCAGCAUCUCGAGCGCUGGGGGCCGCGCUCGUGGGAUCGCCGCCCCUUUGCCGUCGGGUUACGCGGCGAUCUUAACGCCUUUGUGACGCUUUGGCCGCUUGUCUGUCCUUUGCCGACGUCUCGCUGGUGCGGUGACGCCCUUGGGCUGCUGGGGGGGAGGGGGUGGUGAAAGAGAGGAAGCACGUUAGGGAUCGCGUCCCGUUCUCGGGAGGAAUUGUUCUCGUCACAGUAUUGGACCCGAUGUCUCUCGUUCGGUCUGCAAGCUAUCGAAGGUCACGGUGGGAGACGAGACCGGAAGCAAAGGGUCGGCUCCUGGUUCGAGUUCCGGCUCGCCUCUCAGUUGCUAUUUAAAGGAAAAUGCACUUUUGCUUUUCUGAUGGGUGAGGGUUACACGCAGGCUCGUUCCCGGUGUUCCUUGAUUCAUUCGACUUUUGUGCCUAACUGUAUACUACUGCGUUAAAUGGAGAUUCGAAGGGUUUUAGUUAACCGUUUUUAUUUAUUCCCCCCGUGCCUCAGUGAAAAGUUCAGUCUCGUUUUCCUCUAUGCUUUGUUGUGGAUUAAAUUCAAUUGUAAAUGGAAUUACGUAUUUAUAUUUUCUAUGUUCCUGUCCAAUAUUUGUGAGUGGGAUGUUGUCAAACAAAAUGUGGAGGGUUUUUUUUUUUUUCCCCCCCCCCAUACACGUUUAUCUCGCAGACACUUGUAGUAUUGGGGUUGCGUCGGAUCGCUUACGUGGUCACUAUUUCUGUCCUCUCGUUUAAGUCUCGGCGGUUAUUGGGGCCCGAACCCCACAUCGGGCUCUCUUUUCUAAUAGCGGGUUGUGACACGAGUCGGUUCUAGGAAGAGAAAGCCUUCUCUUCCUUUUUAAAUCUCAGUUCAUUCAUAUUUCUCCACUGUUCUCUACAAAAUAUCCCUGCAAAUAGAUUGAUGUGCGUUUAUAAGUCUGACGGAAGUCAGCAGUCCAAAGGGAGCCUUUGCAAAAUAUCUUGACUCUAAGCAAUAGUUCUAAUGUACUAAGAACAUCUUCAUCACUAACCAGGCACAAAUUACAAAAUAAGUUUGAAUAUUUUUAUGUUUACAGUGGAAUUUUGAAUUAAGUUGCAUUAAUGUAAAGCAGAAAGCCAGUUUUGUGAAAAACCUAAAUUUUUUUUGACCAUUACCCUGAUUUUUAUGCAAGAAAACAAACAUUAUCAAAUGUAUACUUAAAAGUACCUUAAUUUUUUAUCACUAGCUUCUUGCUUUGUGAUUAUAUGGGGGGAAAUGGAUAUUUUUAAAUUUGAUUGUUUUCCCUUCAUAAUGUGAAUAGCAUUAUUUUGAUAUAGCACGAUUGUUUAGAAGCUAUUAACAUUUUUGUUGCAUCCUCAGACAGUCUGGAUUAUUCUUAUUCUUCUGGGUUAUCAAGGUUAUUAAAGGGCCUGUGUUGUAAGCGGUUGCUGUAUUUAUUUGAAUCCGAGUCACCCUCAAAUUCGAGUUGUUAAUGUUGCGCUAGUGGUCCAGAAACGAGAAACAAAAUAAAUAAAAUGCAUUUUCAAGACAGGAUUUUAAGUUUAUGUAGAGUAAUGAACUGAUGCAUUAUUCCUUUGUUUGUUUUCCAAAUCAUUUUAAAGCAUUCAAGGUGUGACUUGGAAUUGAGUAAGUAUGGUAAUUUUUGGCCAUGUUUGUUUCAGUACUGGUUGCUUUUCCUUUCUGUAUUCUGGUGUAGAAUAUUUCUUCUGUUCACUCAAAGUGGCAAUAAAGUUUUAUUUUUGC